AUGGACGGGAGAGACGUCGGGAAUUGUCAUUGUUUCCUGACACUGAUCCUGACCCCCAGCCCUGAUCCUGAAACUGGUCCUGAAACUGAUCCUAAUCCUGAUCUUGAUCCUGAUCAUAAUCCUGCUCUUAAUCCUGACCCUGACCCUGACCCUGAUCCUAAUCCUGAUCCUGAUCCUAAUCCUAAAACUGAUCCUGAUCCAGACCCUGAUCCUGAUCUUAAUCCUAAAAUUGAUCCUGAUCCUGACCCUGAUCCUGAUCCUGACCCUGAUCCUAAUCCUAAUCCUAAUCCUAAAACUGAUCCUGAUCCUGAAAUUUAUACUGAUCCUGAUCUUAAUCCUAAAACUGAUCCUGAUCCCGAUCCUGACCCUGACCCUGAUCCUGAUCCUGGUCUUGAUCCUAAUCCUCAUCUUCAUCCUCAUCCUGAUCCUAAUCCUGAUCCUGACCCUGACCCUGAAACUGGUUCUGAAACUGAUCCAAAUCCUGAUCCUAAUCCUGAUCCUAAUCCUGAUCCUAAUCCUUAUCCUGAUCCUAAUCCUGAUCUUAAUCCUGAUCCUAAUCCUGAUCUUGAUCCUGAUCCUGAUCAUAAUCCUGCUUUUAAUCCUGAUCCUGAUCCUCAUCCUGAUCCUGACCCUGAUCCUGACCCUGAUCCUGAUCCUGGUCUUGAUCCUAAUCCUCAUCUUCAUCCUCAUCCUGAUCCUAAUCCUGAUCCUGACCCUGAAACUGGUCCUGAAACUGAUCCAAAUCCUGAUCCUAAUCCUGAUCCUGAUCAUAAUCCUGAUCUUAAUCCUGAUCCUAAUUCUGAUCCUGAUCAUAAUCCUGCUUUUAAUCCUGAUCCUCAUCCUGAUCCUGACCCUGACCCUGAUCCUGACCCUGAUCCUAAUCCUGAUCCUGAUCCUAAUCCUAAAACUGAUCCUGAUCCUGACCCUGAUCCUGAUCCUGACCCUGAUCCUAAUCCUAAUCCUAAUCCUAAAACUGAUCCUGAUCCUGAAAUUUAUACUGAUCCUGAUCUUAAUCCUAAAACUGAUCCUGAUCCUGAUCCUGCCCCUGACCCUGAUCCUGAUCCUGGUCUUGAUCCUAAUCCUCAUCUUCAUCCUCAUCCUGAUCCUAAUCCUGAUCCUGACCCUGAAACUGGUCCUGAAACUGAUCCAAAUCCUGAUCCUAAUCCUGAUCCUGAUCAUAAUCCUGAUCUUAAUCCUGAUUCUAAUUCUGAUCCUGAUCAUAAUCCUGCUUUUAAUCCUGAUCCUGAUCCUCAUCCUGAUCCUGACCCUGAUCCUGACCCUGAUCCUGAUCCUGGUCUUGAUCCUAAUCCUCAUCUUCAUCCUCAUCCUGAUCCUAAUCCUGAUCCUGACCCUGACCCUGAAACUGGUUCUGAAACUGAUCCAAAUCCUGAUCCUGAUCCUGAUCCUAAUCCUGAUCCUAAUCCUUAUCCUGAUCCUAAUCCUGAUCUUAAUCCUGAUCCUAAUCCUGAUCUUAAUCCUGAUCCUAAUCCUGAUCUUGAUCCUGAUCCUGAUCAUAAUCCUGCUUUUAAUCCUGAUCCUGAUCCUCAUCCUGAUCCUGACCCUGAUCCUGACCCUGAUCCUGAUCCUG